AUGCCUACCGAUCGAAUCCAUGUCUUUAACAGUGAAUAUCGAAAGAAUACAAAACCUAUUAUGGAAAAACGUCGACGAGAAAGAAUUAAUAGAAGUCUCGAAGAAUUAAAGAAUUUAAUUUUAGAUAGCGCUAGUAGUGGAAAUGUUCGAAGUCACAAAUUGGAAAAAGCGGAUAUUUUGGAAAUGACUGUCAAACAUUUAAAACUUGUACAUAAACAAAAACUAGUUGCUGCUGCUGCUGUUGAUCCAUCAAUUAUUUCAAAAUAUCGUUCAGGUUAUGGAGAAUGUGCAAAUGAAAUUAUUCGAUUUUUAACUACUACAUCUCAUAUUGAUUCAGAAUUAAAAAAUAAACUUAUUGAUCAUUUAUCGACUCGAAUUCAAACAUUAUCUACUUCUCGUUUAACAGAUCAUAACAAUACGAAUAAUAAUAAUCAAGUACAUCACGUACCUCUAUCUACUACACAUGUUUUACAACAUCAUUUACAACAGCAACAACAAUGUCAGUAUUAUACUUCACCACCAUCAAUCUAUGGAACAACAAAAAAUAGUACUUAUUGUCAAACACAACCACAUCAUCAUUCAUCUGAACUUUAUAUUGGUGGUAGAGAAAAUUAUUCACUACUAGCGGCAAAUUCAUCAACAAAUAAUCAAUAUAUAUUUAUUUUACCACAAACUGAUUCAACAGCAAAUUCAUCCGAUUGUUCUAAUUCAACGGAUUCAUGUUCAACAUUAGACUCACCUAGUAAAGUAUGGAGACCGUGGUAA